CCGAAGCCCCGCCCCGCGCGCGUCCGGCGUCCCAGGGUGUGCGAACCGCCGAGCGCCUGCCGCCACCCUGGCCUAGAGCGUCCCUUUGCAGCCCUUCGCUAGCCCAGCGCUUUCGGCGCGCCAGGACGCGCCCAGUAAAGGUGCUUCUGUGACUCUCCCUCUUACCCUCCUGCUUCUCCCGAGACCCGCCAGCCGUGCGCCGCGUCCCUCUCAGAUGGCCUUCCGGCGUCCUGCUAGCUCCUCCGUCUCAGUUUUUCUGUUUCCGAAUAAAGUCUGCCUGCCUGCGUUGCAGAAGCUCAGCCAGAGGCGGGACAUCACCUCCUGGCUGGCCCGAUGGUUCCCCAAAACCCCAGCCAAGGCCGUGGUGGCCCAGAAAACACCCAUCAAGGUGGAGCUGGUGUCAGGGAAAACCUACAGGUGGUGCGUGUGUGGCCGCAGCAAGAAGCAGCCCUUCUGUGAUGGCUCUCACUUCUUCCAGCACACAGGCCUGGCUCCUCUCAAGUUCAAGGCCCAGGAGACCCGUACAGUGGCCCUUUGUACCUGUAAGGCCACUCAGAGGCCCCCGUACUGCGAUGGCACCCACAGGAGUGAGCGGGUGCAGAAGGCAGACGUGGGUACCCCGCUCUAAGGCACGGGCCUCAGCCUGGCCCUGGGUGGCCUUAGCUGCAGGCCUGGCAGCCAUCCCUUUGUGGGAAGGAAAUCAUGUGCCGCUCCUAAGAAGGGACGAUCCAAGAACCCAUGGACCCACAUCCAGCUUGUGAUGAAGUGCCCGCCGUAACUGAGGUGCCAGUGUGGUCAGCCAGGAGUGGGCACCUGUUUGGUUCAGCAUGCUGGGAAUAACGGCAUGAAAUGAGCAAGGCCAAGUAUGCCUGUGAUCCCAGCACUCGCAGGAGGCAGGAGGAUUGCCCAAGAGUUCGAGGCCAGCCUAGGCCACAUAGUGAGUUCAAGGCCAAUCUGAACUGCAUAUACCAAGGUUCUGCCUGAAAACACAACAAAACCUAAAAAUAAAUCAGCCACCAAAGCCCA